AUGCACCGAAACCUCGAGCGAGCAGACGGGAUCUGUGCUCCCGGCUCGGGCAAAGUCUUCUAUGCGUGCGGCUCCAACAAUUUUCGGGGUUGCUGUUCGGUCAACGCAUGCGACCUAGUAGGCUGCCCGGACGAGGAGGAAUACACGGCUGCACCCAUUCCCACGACGACGAGUCGAGGGAUUACUACGGGACAGAUAGCAGUUUCUACUCAGAAUCCAUUUCUGUCCAGCUUUUCGACGGUCCCGGUCACGACCGGCUCUGCCGCUACGUCACGACGGCCAGGUAUCAACGAUGUUUCCACGACUCCUCCUCCAACGCCGAACCCAACCCAGACCGCAGGCCCAUCACCGAGCCCCUCCCCCGGACAUUCAAAGACCUCGAUCAUCGCCGGUAUAGUCAGUGGAGCGGUGGCCGUCUCCGUUAUUGCCGCCCUCGUCUGGUUGUUGAUCCGCCAAAGAAAGCAGAAGCAGAACAACCAGAUCGCACAGAACCUACCGCGUUCGCCUUCCAAAGAGACCCUCCACAACCCGAGAAUAUCGCGAACUCUGGCAGGCAGAGACGAUUGCUUUGCGCCCUUUGGUGGUCGCUUCAACGGACCGCGCUUCAUCCCAGGCGAUCCCGAGCUAUCGAAUAGCCAGUCGGUCCCUAAUUUCACGCGGAUUCCCUUGGAGUCCUACGAGACGACUCACCAUGCGGCAUCGAACCCUUCGACCCCUAUGCAUGAUCGACAUGAUCGAGAUCUCUCAGACCUGGAGAGACCAACAACCACGUCCCUACCGACGCACCAACACCUCUCCUUCAACUCACUCAACUCACUACCAGGCCACUACCCAGAAGCACUAACCCCCCCUCCCAAUACACCGACGUCUACUAACAUCACGCCCACCGGCGCGACUUCCGAUCCAGCACCUCACGUUCCGCGGUUAAUCCCAAUCCUGGCAUACCCUGCCCUCCAGCCAUCGAGAUCUCCGCCGCCAGACAGCGCAACCGGAUCCCGUCGACAGACAGCCCACGACAAACAUACAACACCGUCCCCAAGCGAGCUCUCCGGGUCCGGGAACGGGCAGCGCUACUACCCGCCCGCCUGGCGCUGCAGCGAGCUCAGCGGCGUCUCGUCUCUCACGUCCCCCGUCGCCGGCCACUCCGAGCUCGAGGCCGACGUCCCGACUUCAUUCCACACGCCAGCCGUGUCCGGACACGGACACGGACAUGGAAAUGGAUACACACAGCCCAUUCAUCCACAGGUCGGCGCAACACCCAUCGGCUUGGGCGUUAUCAAUUCCGCGGCGGCCACAACGACAACGACAACAUCUCGUGACAACGGCAGCGGCCCGCUGCGUCCGAACCUCGAUUCAAGGAGGGACGGGGAGCAUAUUAUGAGCUGGGCUACUGAGGGGUAUGGUUUUCAUGGCGGGGCUUCGGCUUCGGCUUCGGCUUUCCGUUCUGCUGAGGACCGAGAGGGAUAG